AUGAGAUCACACAGGAGGAUGUCGAUCGAGGGGUCCGAGCUUGCCAUCGGUUCGUCGUGGGCUAUAUCUGGUUGGCAUAUUCCUGCUAUCUGGAUGGACAGAAGCUGUACAAGCUACGUCCUAAGAUUCACACCUGGAUCCACAUGUGGGAGAAGCUCAUGA